AGAGAAAUUAGAAGAAGAGGAACUUCUCCGAAGAAUUCCGCACUGAGAAUUUUUCGCCAUUGAUUCUCUGGUUCCCUCCGUCGGAAUCAGAGGGUCAAUUCAUCCUCAAUCUCCCGUUCUGUGCAAUUUCUCCUCGUUUGCGCUUAAUCCUGACACAUUCUUUCUCUGAGAUCGUUCCAUUUCUCUGCUUUUCGGCCGUUGGUCCUUUUUUUGGGGGAUUUUUCUUUUGCCUUGAAACGUACUCCAUUCGCCAUUGUUAUCACAAUGCUUUGAGGAUCAUUUGCCCCCGAAUUGGUGAGCGGGUCCACUUGAUCCUUCUCUAAUGGGUGCUCCAACAAAUGACGGGAAAAUGGAAGGUUGGCUGUAUCUCAUCCGGUCUAACCGGUUCGGGCUGCAGUACUCGCAGAAGCGAUACUUCGUUCUCCAAGACGACUGUCUCAAGAGCUUUAAAUCCGUUCCUGUUUCUGGAACAGAGGAACCAUAUAGAAGUGCAGUAAUCGACUCCUAUAUUCGAGUUGCGGAUAAUGGGAGAGAGAGUAUUCAUAGAAAAGUAUUCUUCAUCUUCACACUGUAUAAUACCGUCAAUCAAAAUGAUCAACUCAAGUUGGGAGCAAGCAGCCCAGAAGAUGCAGCAAGAUGGAUCCGCUCACUGGUUGAAACUACAAUGAAGGUCUGUCCGGAUCCAGCAAGGAAUUUUAGGGAUCGCUGCAAGAGACAGUGUCCAUCUUUAAGAUUUCGAGGGUCAAAACGAGUGGAUUGUAAGUCUUCAAUAGACUGGACUGUCUAUUCCUCUGUACAAAUGGAAGCAAUGACAUCUGACGUUAUAGCACCUUCCCCAUGGAAAAUUUUUGGUUGUCGGAAUGGGCUACGGCUUUUCAAAGAAUCAAAAGAUAACGAUUCCCAUCGGAGGCAAUGGGGUGAUCAUCCUGCUAUAAUGGCAGUUGGUGUUGUUUGUGGAACUUCUGAGGAAAUUUUUCGGACUCUUAUGUCUCUUGGUCCAUCAAGAGCAGAAUGGGACUUCUGCUUCUUCCGUGGAAGUUUGGUUGAACACCUUGAUGGUCAUACGGAUAUCGUACACAUGCAACUAUAUCGUGAUUGGCUACCUUGGGGGAUGAAAAAAAGAGAUUUUCUUUUACGUCGCUAUUGGAGAAGAGAAGAUGAUGGCACAUAUGUGGUACUAUAUCAUUCUGUGUUUCACAUGAAGUUUCCACCACAGAAAGGCUACGUCCGUGCUUGCCUUAAAAGUGGAGGAUAUGUUGUAACUCCAAUUAACCAAGGUAAGCAUUCGCUAGUAAAACACAUGCUUGCAGUUGAUUGGAAGUUCUGGAAACUGUAUCUGCGCCCGUCAUCUGCAAGAGCUAUUACUAUCCGGAUGCUAGAGAGACUUGCAGCACUUAGAGAACUAUUUAGUGCUAAGGUUGGUGAUUCUUCUUCUGAGUUCUCAUCAUCUAGUAGAGACCUAAUGAAUUUUGAGUUGCCCCCGAGUGUAUUGGCCGAGAUAAAGACAGAAAUACAAUCUCCUGAAGAAAUGAGGAAAAUCAAGGAGGCGUUUUCAAAAGAGAAUGAAGUGGAAAAGCCACGUGCUAGUUUGAUUGGACUAAACGAUGCUGUGGACGAGUUCUAUGAUGUUCCUGAACCUGCAGAAUUGGAUCAUUAUGAGAAUGAAUGGACACCUGAGGUGACUUUGCAACAGCAAUCUUCGAAUACUUCCCAGACCAAACUAUCAACAGCAGCUGUUUUUGUGAAGAAGUUACAUGAUCUUGCUGUUCAGAAGAAGGGUUACGCAGAAAUACCUGAGUUGGCUAGAGAAGAACCUGUGUUAUCCUCCUACGGAUCCACCCUUCCAAAAGAUACAAAUUGUUCUUCUCCCUGCAGUUGGGCAACAUCAGAUCCUUCUUUGUUUCUAAUACGUGGACAAAACUAUUUGAAGGACAACCAGAAGAUUAAAGCAAAUGGCACGUUGAUGCAAAUGGUUGGUGCAGACUGGCUAAGGUCAGACCGACGAGAAGAUGAUCUUAGCAGGCGUCCGGGUGGUAUUGUUCAGAAAUAUGCAGAACGGGGCGGUCCGGAAUUCUUCUUUGUUGUCAAUAUACAAGUUCCCGGAACAACCAUGUACACCUUGGCAUUGUAUUACAUGAUGAGGACUCCUCUUGAGAGCAGUCCCUUGCUCAAAAGUUUUGUCGAAGGAGAUGAUACCUUUAGGAAUUCGAGAUUUAAGCUCAUACCUUACAUUUCUCAGGGAUCAUGGAUAGUCAAGCAAAGUGUUGGAAAGAAAGCGUGCUUGCUCGGUCAUGCCCUUGAAGUACAUUAUUUUCGUGGGAAUAACUAUAUGGAGGUUGAAAUUGAUGUUGGGUCUUCAACAGUGGCAAGGGGGGUGGUCAACCUUGUUCUUGGUUAUUUGAACAAUUUGGUCAUAGAAAUGGCAUUUGUAAUCCAGGGAAACACGCAAGAGGAGCUACCCGAAAUCCUUCUCGGAACAUGUCGACUCAAUCAUUUGGAUGCAGCUAAAUCAAUCCUGGUAAAGCCAUGAAAUACCUGCCUGAGAAAGUUCAAAUAUUGGACUCCUUUUUUGUUCCCCAACAAUAUCCAAGAACCUUUAGUUGACUUGAUCCAGAAGAGGGUGCCCAAAGAAAAGAGAUUUACAUUUUUUUUUUUUUCUCUCUGAUCAACAUUGUAUAGAAUAGAAGCUCUCAUUUUCUAUCCAACUGAAUUCUCUCAGCUCAAUUGUAAAGAGCCCUUCUAGUUGACGGCCAAAUGAAAAAAUUAAAAAGAAAAAAGGAAGAAAAGAAAAAGAUUCCAAGUUA